AUGUUCAAACAAUUCUCCCGGUUCAGUAGUAGGAUGUCCAUUUUCCAAAGGAAUUUUUCUCCAAUCAGAUCACGAAUAAGAUAUUACUAUUCCAAUCCAGAUUACUAUAAACGUUUCAAUUAUAGACAAGACCAAAAAAUUACAUUCACCCAAUUACUAAAAGACCCAACUUCGAGGAAAUACCUAGCAAUAUUAUUUGGUACUGGAUCAUUGUUCUACAUAACACAUUUAGAAGAGGCGCCAGUUAGUGGCAGGAAAAGGUUUCUUUGGAUCCCUCGUUCAUUAGAAUUGAAAAUUGGUAAUUAUACAUAUAACUCCAUGUUAAGUGAAACUGGGAAUAGUAUACUUCCAUCCGAUCAUCCAUUAGCUAAAAAGGUUGAAAACAUAUUCGGAAGAAUCGUUGAAGCAGCUCAAAAGGACCAUACAGUAGACAGAAGUCAACUAGACGGAAUUAAAUGGAAAGUUCAUAUUGUUAACGAUCCAAGAGCUCCACCAAAUGCAUUUGUAUUACCUGGUGGGAAAGUUUUCGUGUUCAGCUCAAUUUUAAACAUUUGUCAAAAUGAUGACGGGUUAGCCACAGUUCUUUCUCAUGAGUUUGCGCAUCAAUUGGCCAGACAUACUUCAGAAAAUUUAUCAAAAGCUCCAAUAUAUUCAAUUAUUGGAUUAGUAUUAUACCUGGUCACUGGUGUAGAGAAUAUCAAUAGAUUAUUAUUGGAUAGCCUCUUAAGAAUGCCUGCCUCAAGACAAAUGGAAACAGAAGCUGAUUAUAUUGGUUUAAUGAUAAUGGCAAAGGCAUGUUUCCAUCCUGAAGAAUCUGUUAAGUUAUGGCAGAGAAUGUCAGCAUUUGAAAAACAAAUUGGAGGCUCAAGAAGCUUGGAAUUCUUAAGUACUCAUCCUGCAAGUGAUCGUAGAAUACAAAAUAUCUCAGAAUGGUUACCAAAGGCAAAUAAUAUUUAUAACGAAUCAGAAUGUGGUAUAUUUACUGGUUAUUAUAAAGCUUUCCAAGAUACAAUAUUUGACAAAAAUCCCGUUGAGCCAGGUUUUACAUACGACAGAUUUCAAUGA